GCUGGUUUGUUUGCUGCACCCAGUACAUUCCAAGGAACAAUGCCCGGCAUGCAGUCCGGGAUAAAUUUAUCAGGUAUCUCAGCACCAUCUAUAGGUGCUCCCAUGCAACCAAUGUCUCUAGCUCCUACUCAACCGCUUCUUAACAUGUCUUCGCCUGCUUCGUUGCUUGGAGGAUUCCAAGGUCAGACAGGUCUAUCUGGAGGGCAGGUGGUACAGCCUACUCCUCCAACCACUAACAACCAAACCAAAGCAAUGGAUGACCUGGAUAUGUUGGGGAAAGCAAUGAUGCAGAAAAGUAUGCCAGCUGAGGGGAAAAUAACUCAACCAGUGCCAGCGCCUAAGGUUCCAUUAAACCAAAUGCGCAUCAAUCCCCCACCAGUAAAUACAGUAGACCCCCUGCCCAGAACAAACCUAGUGAAUCCGAUGCCUGUACCAAACACAACUUCAGCACCUCCUUCACUCAUGGACCCCUCAAAGCCUUUAAAUGCUGGCUUGAUAGCAACAGUGUCAACAACACCAGCUACAAAUCCUGGUUCAGUGAUGGCCACAGGGGGUCUACCCAAGCCCCCAACCCCUACAAUAUCAAGCCCAGGUGUGGCCUCACCUACAAAAAUAACAACAGAGAUCAAAGCUCUCACUGAUGUGUUUGUUGCCUUAGAGACAAUACAACCAGGUACAGCUGAUCCUGUUCAAGUCUAUGAUAAAAAUAAUUUAAAAAUAGUUCUUCAUAUUGGCAAAGACACAUGUAGACCAAGGCCUGAUGUCAUUGUGAUGGUGGUCACGACCAUUAGCACCAAUGCAGUCCCUAUAAAAGGCCUUACUUUCCAAGCAGCAGUCCCAAAGUCAAUGAAAGUGAAGUUACAGCCCCCCUCAGCUACAGAUCUACCAGCUUACAGUCCUAUCUUGCCCCCGGCAGCAAUUACUCAAGUUAUGCUUUUAGCUAAUCCAAAUAAGGAAAAGGUUCGAUUAAAGUAUAAACUCCUGUACAAGUUAGAUGAACAGCAAGUGACUGAUGUAGGGGAUGUGGAGGGCUUUACUGUGCAAUAACACACAAUAUAAAAGUAAUAUAGGAAUAGGCUAGUUGGGAUUAUACAUAUACUGGCUACGAUUUAUGAAUUGUGGAGAUAUGUGAAUUGAAGAAUACAGACAGAAUGCGAAUUGGGAAUUUACAACAUUUGGAGGUUACAUGAAAUUGAAAUCCAAGAAAAUACAGGACCUAUUGGAUUGGAUUUUAUUGGAUACAAAAUAUAAAUACUUUCUAUUCUUAUUUGUACUUCUUUAAAUGUUAAUGUAAUAAUGAGUUCAACUCUAAUUAUUUGAAAUCAUUCAAUUAUUUUACCCAAGGAAUAGCAAUUGCAAUAUGUACAAAUUGUGGCAUCAAGUAACAUAACCAAACAAUGGAUCUGCUAUUAUAAUAUAUAUCUAUUAUGGCACUUAUACAAGAAGUGGUAAUAUAUACAUGUAGUUAACAUUUCUUGUGACAGGCAUACAGUAUUUUGCACCGGCAUCUCUUGUUACAAAUGGUUUAACUUUUGUAUUAUAAACCAGGUGGUGACAUUUGUCAUCUUAAAGAGAGAAUCAGCUCUAGCAAGCAGCCUAACAAAAAAAUUUUAAAAUUUUUGAAUAUUUCUGGCUAAUGUCAUUCCUUUUCAUGUCUACUUGUUAAAAGUCUUCAAAGUCCUUUAUUUCAGGAAAACUAAAGAUUUCUACAAUAAUUUAUUGUUUUUCUAUAAGAAUGGUUACCAUUCUUAUUAGUUUGGGAGAAUUGAAACAUUUUUCACUCACUUUUGCACUUUGAAUCCAUUAUAACUUCAUCAAUUUUUA